AUGGAGGAGAUCAUCCGCAACGGCCAACGGCUGGCAUUCGUGCCCUACACGAACUGCGACACGCGCAUCGUCAGCCUGAAAGAGCUCGAUCUCCCGGAGACGGCGUCGGACGAGGAAUACCGGCAAAUCUACCUCGAAUACACCCAAGGCGCCGGUUCCAACCGGAACGCCUCUCUUCUGCGAGACGCGGUCGAGUCGAUCAGACAUGGAAUCGCUCCACCGGUCGCAUUCCCCACCGAGACGGUGUACGGGCUCGGGGCGGAUGCGACCAACGAGGCUGCCAUCUCGGGCAUCUUUGCGGCCAAGGGCCGACCCAGCGACAACCCUCUGAUCGUGCACGCCGCCUCGAUCGCGCACCUGGAGCGGCUCACGGGUGAACGGCUGCCGGAGAUCUAUCACGCUCUAGCCCAGAGGUUCUGGCCCGGCCCGCUGACCAUCUUGCUCCCCGUGCCCAAGGAUCCCAGGUUCAGGUUCGCUCGAAACGUGCAUCCCGGCCAAUCGACCAUCGGCUUCCGCAUCCCGGCGUCCAAGUCCGCGCGGUUUUUCAUUGCCGCGACCGACCGGCCGGUCGCGGGGCCGUCGGCAAACUCGUCGGGCAAGCCGUCGCCCACCACGGCGCAGCACGUCUUCGAUGAUCUGAAGGGCAAGAUCAACUUCGUCCUCGACGCCGGGCCCUGCGACGUCGGCGUCGAGAGCACCGUCGUCGACGGCCUGCAUGACCCGCCUCUGAUCCUGCGCCCGGGCGGCGUCUCGCAGUCCGAGCUGGUCGCCCAUGGACGCCAGUUCGCAAACCGCUUCGCCCACACGGCUAUCGGCUACAAACGCCACGACACGACCGGCUCGGGAGAUAAAGACCUCCUGGACGACGUGGACGCAGCACCGCGCGCCCCGGGCAUGAAAUACAAACACUACGCCCCCCGCGGCCGGCUCGUCUUGUUCUCCGAACCUGCCGUCGCGGCCGGCAGAGUCGCGGCCAAGUUUGACGAGCUCGUCCGCGCCUUCGCCCACAGCCACACCGGCGGCGAAGACAAAGAUGGUCUGGCCGUCGGCCUGAUCUCAUGCCAUUGGCCUCCAUUCGCCGGUCUGCCUGUGACGCCUUCCUCCGCAACGCCGUCCUCCGUGGUCUCCGAGUCCGUAUACGGCCCGAUCACGUCGGUCGCUACAUACACUCUCGCUCUCACCCCGGUCCCGGUCCCGCAGCCAUCCACCCGCCUGGAACAGGUUGUCAAAGUGACUCUGUACAACGUCCACAUCGGCCCCGACAUCAUGCACCUUGCACACUCGCUCUUCGGCGUGCUGCGGCUGUUCGACCAUCUCGACUGCACCUUCAUCUUCGCCGAGGCGGUCAGACGUAGUGGCGGGGUGGGUGACGGCAUUUUAAGACCCAAUGCAGACGCAGACGCAGACGCAGACGCAGCCGUGGAUGGGAAUGGGAUUGGGAUUGCAAGCGCUGAGUCACCCACUCGAGAUAUCGAAGACGCAGUAAUUGAUCGCAUCGAGAAGGCCGCGACGGAAAGAGUCGAGUCCUAG